GUGAGCAGGAAGUUGAUGCUGUAUUCAUCUCUGAGACUGUCUCAUUUGUGAACGUGAGAGCAAGAACAGAGACUGAGAGAGACAGAGAAGCACGAUGGCUGCAUUCACAUGGAUUCAAAUGUCUUCAUUACUGAUACUGAUGCUUCAGUUUAAAGGAACAACUGAGCAACAUCAAACUGAUCAAACUGUCACAGCUGGACGUGGACAUGAUGUUACUCUGCCUUGUAAAAAUGUGAUACAAGGUCAACAUAACUGUAUCAGUACUACCUGGAUGUUCAGUGAUUCAAGCAGCACAGUAUCACUCUUUGAACUUGGGCAGAUUAAAGAAGCCAAACGUAAAUCAGACAGACUGAGUCUUUCUGCAGACUGUUCUCUGGUUAUAAAGAAGGUCACAGAUCAGGAUGUUGGUCGUUACACCUGCAGACAGUUCAAAACAGCAACAGGAUCACAAGAAGGUCCAGACUUUGAGAUUCAUCUGUUUGUUAUUAACAAUGUGAAAACAACAAAAUCAACAACAUCAACAGUUAAACCAACCGUGAAAAUAAACACAUGGACAACAAGAGAGGAAAUAAAGACAUCAGCAGGGACACUGACAACAGCAUCAAAUAUUCCAUCUGGAGUUCAUUCAGGGUUUAUCAUCGUUCCUGUGGGUUUAGCAGCACUCUUAAUAAUUGUUGCUACCGUCAACAUGUGGAUAAAAUGUGACGGAAGCAAAACACAGAUGGAAAAAACCGCUGAGCUUAAUGAUGAGGGUGAAGAUGGAGUGAACUAUGAAAACAUUGGAGACUCUUCUGCUUCUGUCAGACUCCACUGAUCAACAACUCAAACAUCAUCUUAUCACAUA